UCUUAGCCCUAAACGUACGCAAUUAAAGAUGUUCGGAUACUUUAAGCUCAUGUACCCAGCUCCCAUAUCGGAACCCAUCAGCACCAGAGACUCGAACGCCUAUCUGCUUGAAACGCUGCGAAUCUCCGGUCUAAACUUUCGAAACGAUUUCGGAGUUGGCCGCAAAAUCUGGAGGGUGUUCUCCUUCAUCUAUAAUAUGCUGAUACUACCCGUGAGUUUUCCCAUCAACUACACGAUCCACCUUGCGGAGUUCCCGCCGGACUUGCUGCUGCAAUCCCUGCAGCUCUGCCUCAACACCUGGUGCUUCGCUCUGAAGUUCUUCACGCUGGUCAUCUACAUGGACCGUUUGGAGCUGGCCAACAAGCACUUCGACGAGAUGGACAAAUAUUGUGUGAAGCCGGAGGAGAAGCGCAAAGUACGCGACAUGGUGGCCGCCAUCACCAGGUUGUACCUGAUCUUCGUGGUGGUCUACGUUCUAUACGCCACCUCCACCCUGCUGGACGGACUAUUUCACGACCGUGUGCCAUACAACACCUACUAUCCUUUUGUAAACUGGCGGAUUAAUCGCACUCAGUUGUACAUUCAGAGUUUCCUGGAGUACUUUACCGUGGGUUAUGCCAUAUUCGUGGCCACGGCCACCGAUUCCUACCCUGUGAUAUACGUGGCGGCCCUGCGAUCCCACAUCCUGAUGCUUAAGGACCGCAUCAUCAACCUGGGCGAGGCCAGCAAUGAAGGUGGCAGCGACCGCGACUCCAUAUUCAAAUCUUUGGUGGACUGCAUCAAGGCUCACAGAACAAUGCUGAAUUUUUGUGAUGCCAUUCAACCCAUCAUCUCUGGCACUAUAUUUGCCCAAUUCAUCAUAUGCGGUUCCAUUCUGGGGAUCGUUAUGAUCAAUAUGGUGCUGUUCGCCGACCAGUCGACCCGAUUUGGCAUAGUAACCUACGUUAUGGCCGUCCUUCUGCAGACGUUCCCGCUCUGCUUCUACUGUAACGCCAUCGUAGAUGACUGCAACGAGCUGGCGGAUGCACUUUUCCAUAGUUCCUGGUGGAUGCAGGACAAGCGGUACCAGCGGACAGUUCUUCAGUUUCUGCAGAAGCUCCAGCAGCCCAUGACGUUCACGGCCAUGAAUAUAUUCAACAUAAAUCUGGCCACAAACAUCAAUGUAAGUUCAGUGAUCUCCAAAGGGACAGGGAACUCCAAAAAAAACAUACGUUCUUGCAGGUGGCCAAAUUCGCCUUUACCGUAUACGCCAUUGCCAGCGGAAUGAACUUAGAUCAGAAGUUGCAACUUCAGGAAUAGAAACGCGAAAUAAAAAUAACCGCACCAGAGGUAAACGUACAUACAUUGAUUUAUGAACUUAACUCUCGUUUGCUUCGUAGUAGUAUAAUAAUCGUAUAUGCAUAUAGCGAAUUAUGAAUAACGUAAACUAGUUAAAACAAAACUUGAUCGCGAACAAAGGGUAAUAAAGAAAAUCGCUUUAUAUUUAUACCAUA